GGUAGUAAUAAUUGCAGAGUUAGAAAAAAUAAGGCAAUAAAUAAAGAGAAGACUGAGAGGAGGAGUAGCAAAAAGCAAAAAGACAGAAGCUUCUUAUUUGAUUUUUGCUUUUUCUUUUUCCAUGAGAGAAAAAAACUCAAACAAAUAUACUGUCAUCCCUUUCACUAAGCCAGCUCAUUACUUCUAAUUUACAGAUUAGAAGGGAAUCAAAGAUUGAUUCUUUCACUUUUGAAGUUACAUGGUACAUCUGAAAUGAAAAAACCCUUUUUUUGUUUCUUCUCCAAUUUGAUUCCUUCCUCAAAGAGAUGGAAUUCACUUUUAUGCUCAUGAGAUUUUAUAUUUCAUGGAAUUGAUCAUUGGGGCUAACUUUGUUGAAAAUGGAAUCCUUUCGUGGUUUUAUUAUAUUGGCUUGCUUGCUUUCUUUUGUAUCUGCUAAUUUACAAGGAGAUGCUUUAUUUGCAUUGAAGACUUCACUCCGUGCUUCACCCGAUCAGUUGAGAGACUGGAAUCCCGAUCAAGUUAAUCCUUGCACUUGGUCAAAUGUUAUGUGUGAUCCUAAUAAUAAUGUCAUUUCCGUGAUGUUGGCAUCCAUGAACUUUUCUGGUAUGCUGUCCCCUAAAAUAGGAGUUCUGACGACACUUUCAUCACUUACAUUGAAAGGAAAUGGUAUAACUGGUGAGAUACCAAAAGAGUUAGGGAACUUGUCGAGCUUGACCAGCUUGGAUUUGGAAAAUAAUCGUUUAACCGGAGAUAUACCUUCUUCCCUCGGUAAUCUUAAAAAUCUCCAAUUCCUGACACUGAGCAUGAACAAUCUUACUGGGACUAUCCCUUUGUCAAUCUCAGAUCUUCCAAAGUUGAUUAGUCUUCUGCUCGAUGGAAAUGAUCUUAGCGGUCAGGUUCCUGAUCAUUUGUUCCGCAUUCCGAUUUACAAUUUUACAGGAAACAGGCUAAAUUGUGGUCGAAAUUUUCCGCACGGUUGUGCGUCAAAAGGAAAUGAGUCGGGUUCUUCACAGAAACCGAAAGUUGGAAUUAUAGUUGGAAUUAUUGGCGGGUUUAUAAUUCUUCUUCUUUUCAGUAGCUUGCUGUUUUUCUUGUGCAAGGGUCGACGGAAAGGCUACAAGGCUGAAGUUUUUGUAGAUGUUGCAGGUGAAGUCGACAGAAGAAUUGCUUUUGGUCAAUUGAAAAGGUUUGCUUGGAGGGAAUUACAGUUGGCUACUGAUAGCUUCAGUGAAAAGAAUAUCCUCGGACAGGGAGGUUUUGGAAAGGUUUAUAAAGGCGUGCUUUCUGAUAACACAAAAAUUGCAGUUAAGAGAUUAACCGAUUUUGAAAGUCCUGGAGGAGAUGCGGCUUUUCAACGUGAAGUCGAGAUGAUAAGCGUAGCUGUUCACAGGAAUCUCUUGAGGCUGAUUGGCUUUUGCACAACACCAACUGAACGCCUUUUGGUUUAUCCGUUUAUGGAGAAUUUAAGUGUGGCCUAUCGCCUUAGAGAACUCAAACCUGGUGAACCUGUUUUAGAUUGGCCUACAAGAAAAAGAAUAGCCCUAGGUGCAGCACGUGGACUGGAAUACCUUCAUGAGCAUUGCAAUCCGAAGAUCAUUCAUCGGGAUGUGAAGGCAGCUAAUGUAUUAUUGGACGAAGACUUUGAAGCAGUUGUUGGUGACUUCGGCCUAGCAAAGUUGGUUGACGUCAGGCGGACAAAUGUAACGACUCAAGUUCGAGGGACAAUGGGUCACAUAGCACCCGAGUACUUGUCCACUGGGAAGUCAUCGGAAAGGACAGAUGUCUUUGGUUACGGGAUUAUGCUUCUAGAGCUUGUAACAGGUCAACGCGCGAUUGAUUUUUCACGCUUGGAAGAAGAAGAUGAUGUUUUGCUGCUUGAUCAUGUCAAGAAGCUGGAAAGGGAGAAAAAGCUGGAUGCUAUUGUAGAUCGGAACCUUAAUAAAAACUACAACAUCGAGGAGGUGGAAGCAAUGAUCCAAGUUGCAUUGCUUUGUACACAAGCUUCACCCGAGGAGCGUCCAGCAAUGUCAGAGGUGGUGAGGAUGCUGGAAGGAGAGGGGCUGGCUGAGAGAUGGGAAGAGUGGCAGCAUGUUGAAGUUACGCGUAGGCAAGAGUACGAAAGACUUCAAAGGAGAUUUGAAUGGGGAGAAGAUUCAUUAUAUAAUCAGGACGCCAUCGAGUUAUCCGGCGGAAGAUGAGCAUGUUGUAUUCGAUGAUUUCUUGUUUGUGUUUAUUGAAUGGAAGAGCAAACCUGAAGAAAGGGCAAUUUUCAGUUAAUUUUGCUCUUAAUCUCAACAUGGCGCCUUUGUGUUGGUGUGUUUUAAAGAAACCAUAUUUUUCUCAAUCA